AGCAAUUUACUAAACUAAUAUAAUCAAUAAUAACUAAAUACUGUAAAUGAAGAAGUGUGUAAGUGUUUGUAUGUUCUACAGCUUAGGGCUCUAAAAUUUAAAUUUGAUACGAUGGUAAAACCCUGUAUAACAUAAAAUCUUUCACAGAAAUGGCCGCUGUGGGUCAGCGCAUUGUCGAAAACAAGUUUACUCUUGCUACUCCACUCGAAUACGAUUGUUUCGAAAAAUUUGACUCCAUGUUUCUAAAAAAUGAGGGGAUCGCGCUUUUCGGAUCCUUAGAAGAAUUUCAUAACUACCCAGAUGGUGGACAAAAAGCCACUGAAGUAAGCAGAGACAUGCUGCUUGCAGCUAUAGCACCGUUCCUUAGGACUGACAGCACUGACGAUCAUGCAAUGCUCCUGUCAUGCAUUGACGAAGGUAUAAACGUUAGCUUUCGACGCUUGAGAAACGGCAAUGAGACUGCACAAUUCAGAGCAAGCACAUAUAAUAUGCCAUCAAAUGUCAAAACAAAGGAAACCGAUACGAUUGUGAAUGGACAACCAAAUUACGUUUCGGGAGGUAAGUAAGAUACAAGCGAUCCUUUAGACCACGGAAAAUUGUAGGAAAACUUCCAUUAAAAUCGUUUAAGUAGGUUAGAACACUUAAUAGUUAU